AUGGCAUCUCUCAUUGCAUCUGCAGCGUAUACCCUCCUGGUAAAGUUUGGUACUGGCCUAGCGGGCAAGGCUGGCGGUUGGGUCUUCCAAGAAGGCCUGGCAGCUGUGACUGGUGGCACCGAUACAGAAAAGGUCAGACAGGAUAUUGCCAAUCUUCGCAAGGAUGGCCUGAGAACUUACAUUACCGAUAUCGAAACUUACUACUCGACAAUCGUUGACAUUAUGCAGGAGGCCUUUCAACUUCAUGACAGGAAUCUUACAGAUGCGGAUCGUGUUCGCCAAGCUCAAGGACUGCAAAAGCGGCUUGAUAAUCGCCUUCAAGUUGUUCGAACGAUGUUCCUGGAUAUCUUGACCAGAUCAACGACUUCCUCAACGAGCAAGGCUCGAAUGCCUUUCUCCAACAGGCUGCAAAACAAGCUCUCGAUCAAUCCGAUGAUUUUCUUGGAUAUUAAAUACUCUGGAUGCAAGCUUACUACGUCAACGAAACCCCUUUUCAUUAUAAUCCUCGGUAAUCUCUGA